AAAUGUUAGUGCAUCGCUGCACAGCAUCAUUGCACGGGAACCGGAGUAAACGACGGACAUGAACGUUUUUGUGCAGAUAUUAGGCUUGGUAGCAGCAUGCGCAGCUGGUGGGUUAGGGUCCAGUGCAUCGAAUGACCAUGGUAAUAGUAAUGGAUGGCAUGCCCCAGCGCUUGACUAUUCAAAAUAUUCAAAUCUUGCAGGUAAUGGUCAUUUCCUAGCAGGACUUAGUCAAGAUUAUCAAGCUUUGAGCCACGGACAGGAAGCCUUAGGCGGACACACAUUUGGACAUGAUGGUUCUCAGUCUGCACAGGCAGGACUUAGUCAAGAUUAUCAAGCUUUGAGCCACGGACAGGAAGCCUUAGGCGGACACACAUUUGGACAUGAUGGUUCUCAGUCUGCACAGGCAUUUGGACAAGAUGCCAGUCAUGCUGGCCACGGAUAUGAUUUAGGCAAUCAGGGACAACCAAAGAGUUUUGAUACAGGAAGCCACAAUGCUUUUCCGUCUUUUGCGUCCUCUGGGCAUGACUUCACCGGUGAUACUUAUCUUCAAGCUGCUCAUGAUUUUGGAAACCAUGACCAAGGUGUCUAUAACACUCACGCUGGAGACUUAAACAGCCAAGGUAGUAGCGAUCAUGGUGAUUCGAAUCACCACAGUGAAGCUGAGGAAUCAAAUGAACAGAAUGAAGAAUCUCAUGGACAAGCAGGUAGUGCUGGAGAUGCCCCAGCAUCUGCUCCAGCGCAUGGAGAUGUGCAACCGUUUAUUCUCCACGACGGCGGCAACGAAUACGGCCAUGGAGGACAAGACGUGAUCUUCCACGAUUUAGGUGUUCAAGGAUUGCCAGGUCAUAAUGAUUUCGGAGUCCAGCUUCAUCAAGGGUAUGUAGGAGGAUUUGGCCAUGCUGAACCGUUCACUGUUGGUGAGCAUUCCGAUGAAGAAAAACCAGUUGAAGUGCCAUUGUAUAAACAUGUCACUGUGCCUGUGCAAAAAACCGUCCAUGUGAAUGUACCAAAGCCAAUUUUGGUUGGUAUUCCUCAACCCUACCCUGUAAAGGUACCCAUCAACAAGCCUGUGGCGGUUCCUGUUGAAACCGAAAUAUCCAUUCCGAUUGAGAAGGUGAUCCCUUAUCCUGUUGUAAAGCACAUUCCCUACCCCGUUGAAAAGCAUGUUCCAUUUAAAGUAGAAAAAACCGUACAUGUCCAUGUACCGCAACCCUACCCUGUGAAAGUUCCUAUUUAUAAAACAAUUCAUCAUCAUAAAGAUCAUUAAGUCUGUUUAGCUACUAAAAUGUGUCAUUGAAUGUGAAUGGAUGAAUGUUAUAAAUAUUGUAUGUUGCGUGUGUUGUUGCCAAGCCAUGUAAAUAUAACUGUUGUUAACUAAUUUUAAGUCAUUUUCAACUUGAUUGUUGUAGUUGAUUUAUUUAUUGUGUAUUUUGUUGAUUAUACAUUAGUUGCUGUUUUA